CUUUAUUGACUUCACCAACACCCACUGCAAACUUCCAAACAUGUUCUCCUGGAUCGAAUCCUCGCUAUCCCAGAAAUGAUGACCCAGGAAGCCUCGUAGACUUAGGUCAAGGCUCUCCGAGAGAUGAGUCGUUGAUCAAGUCACAACUUUACUCAAACCACCCCACCACAACCUGUGAUAAAUUUUGAUAUAUCCAGUAGUGUUUCAGUGACCUGGAAUAUUGCCAGGAUAAGGGUCUGUUUUUCUUCAAUCACACAGUCUCUGAAUGUGUUGCCUUGAACCCCGUGACAAGGCAGGUUUACUUGAGAUCUAAUGUGUGAUAGGUUCCGCCGCAUUUGUUUCAACUUCACUUUCCCUUCAUUCAAGGCGACGCUUGACAACAAUUUCAGUCUCUUCUGUCUUUAAAAGCGUCAAGAGCGUUCACAACUUUCCUCGUUACACAAACAAACUCGAUUAUCCUCCGCAGCAGGUGCUUCUGGGGGUGCAUCUCUUGCCGGAAGCCAUGCCUCGCAAACAGACACCUCAUUGGCAAAAGACGCCAGACUCCAUCAACAACGUCGAUGUUGGUAACAUCAUUGAAUGUGCCAAUUGUUCCAGAAAACUCUUCCGUUCCCGAUUCUCCAACAAUCAAUACAAAAGAUUUCAAUCAGAAGUUCUACAUGCUCGUCAGGGCGGACCACCAGCACAAUUACCGAGAUGCCAGGACUGCACCGCAGGUAAUAUCAUGGAGUUGAAAUGUACCUCAUGUGGUUACACCAAAGCUAUCGACUUCUUCUCUGGCCAACAACGGAGACACCCAGACGAAGCAAAAUGCAUCAACUGCCAACAAGAAAUCCAAGAUCGCCUUCCCGGUCUGAAAGAGUCGGCUGAGGAGGAGCUGAUCAGAGAAGAAAUCAAGUCAAAACGUAUCGAUCCUAUGUCUAGUAUGUCGGCCAUUGGUUCUUCUCAACCGAGCAUCGGUGGUUCGAUAGUCCCCUCUCAAGAAGGUGAUCAGAACUCCUUCACCACGUUAGGGCGUGUCAGAGUGCCACAAGAAGGCAGAUCGGACUGGGGCGAGGACCACCAGAGCCCGAGACGCUCACCAUCGCCAUCAAACAGCGAAUUCUCCGGUUUGAACUCCAUGUCCGAAUUUCCCGCCGCCAAGAGGGGCUUCCACAAGGUUGCCGCAUACAAGACCCCAGUUUCUGAACGCGCACAGAACCAGAUACAACGCGAGUAUCUCCAAAAAGCUCAAGCAGAGCAUGGAAAACAAGACGAAUCUGAUGCCGACGAAGACUGGGAGCUUUGAAGAAGACCAUCUCAGCUCGGUGAUGACCGACUUGGGCAUCAGGCUUCCAUUCCACCUGACCUCUUUCCCUGGAGCAACUUUGGUAUUCAUCAGGUGACCAUCGUGUAUCACGAUUCGAAGAAAAAAGGGCCACACAGCUCGUGGCCAUCGAUGUGUCGAAAAAUUGGCGCAAAGAUAUCCGGUUUUGAGGCAAAGCCCUUGAAGAUGGGAGCAACACAAAGCACGCCGAAGGAGCUCCACAGCCUAAGAUUACUGUGUGCACAUCUGCGAAGGUAGAAAAACAACUGCUAUCUAUCUAAUGGAUGUUAUCGAAGAGCAUGAUGUCGUUUAAUUGUCCGCAGUCCACAGACACAUAAACAUAUGAUUGAGAAGUAAUGUAGACCUGAGUAAGGAU